GAGAAGCCCAGAAGAAGCCCAGAAGAAGCCCAAGAAGAAGCCCAAGAAGAAGCCCAAGGAGAAGCCCAAGGAGAAGCCCAAGGAGAAGCCAAAGGAGAAGCCCAAAAGCCCAAGGAGAAGACCAAGGAGAAGCCCAAGAAGAAGCCCAAGACGAAGCCCAAGAAGAAGCCCAAGAAGAAGCCCAAGGAGAAGCCCAAGGAGAAGACCAAGGAGAAGCCCAAGAAGAAGCCCAAGACGAAGCCCAAGAAGAAGCCCAAGAAGAAGCCCAAGGAGAAGCCCAAGGAGAAGACCAAGGAGAAGCCCAAGAAGAAGCCCAAGACGAAGCCCAAGAAGAAGCCCAAGAAGCAGCCCAGGAUUCUCUUUAACAGGAGUUAA